AUUGUUGUUUUGUGUAUUUUUCUAGGGAAAGUACUACAUGUUACUAGAGAAUUUGUCCCAGUUUUAUCGAACCCUCAUACCAACUCCUCUCUGGUUUGGAUUCUGUUCCAACUAUUAUGAUACCGGGGCCGUGUUUGCCAUCAUAGUCACUGCAGGGUACCUUAUGAUAAAAGGAGCCGUUAUAUUAGCCAGUGGUAGAGAACUCUUUAAAGCUCUUUGUACAUUUAUACGUGACAAGACUUACGGCAUUCCAUUGAAGAAGGAUGAGUUGCUGGAGAGCUGUGAGUCAACCUGCCCAAUCUGUCAGGAUGAAUUCAAUGCACCAAUCAUGCUAAGAUGCAGGCAUGUUUUUUGUGAGAAUUGUGUCCUCCAAUGGUUUGAUAGAGAGAGGACUUGCCCGCUGUGUCGGGCGAGUAUUGCUUGCGAUCCAAAAUGGCGGGACGGUUCUACGUCUGCUUGGCCACAACUAUUUUAAGACGGCAUCACAUUAAAGAGCUCUCUCCUGUUUUCAUUCUUAACUGUUAUAAAUAAAUCUUCUUUUUGUUUCAUUUCUUCUUUUUCCUCCCUCCCCC